UUUACUGAUCAACUUGGUGAAGUUUUUCUUCUCUUUUCAGGAUGGAGCAGAUGUCAGGGCAGAUGGCGCUGAUGAAAGAAAACUCUGCUGCAGCAGCAUGCGAAAAAUCUCAAGUGUUCGACUGGUGUCCACAGCAGCAGUACCUUUAUCUGACCAGCGGGGGGCGAAACAACACUACCCACACUGCUGCUUCGUCCAUCCAUCCUCUCAUUCCUCUCCUGCUCUACAGCGACAGACAUUUCCCGCCAUCCUCCCCGUACAAUCAGCCAAUCGGUUCAUCCGGUCCCCGACAGGCGGACGGCUACUCCAGGACACACGCCUGUUACCAAGGCAAUGGCGCUACUGGGCACCCGGCGGUGAAGAAGCCUCUGAACGCCUUCAUGCUCUACAUGAAGGAGAUGAGACACAAAGUGCUGCAGGAGGGACGAGAGAGAGAGAGCGCCGCCAUCAACCGCAUCCUGGGACGCAGGUGGAACGCUCUGUCUCGCUCUGAACAGUCCAAAUAUUACGAUCUGGCCCAGAAGGAGCGGAUCCUCCACAUGGAGCUUUAUCCGGGCUGGUCGGCCAGAGACAACUACGGUCAGAGGAAGAGGAAGCAGCGCUCAGGAAGCUUCUCAGGGUCGGAAUACCAUUCAAAUAAACUAAAAUUUGACUAUGUAAAUACAUCAGGACAGGAAAUAUAAUGCGAUAGAAAAAUACUUUGAAAUAAAUCAAAUUAAAUAAACACUUUCUCCUCUUUGUAAAGUGUUUGUGAGAAAUAGUGAAUAUUAAAGGGUUCACUCUAAAUCUUAUGGUGGGAGCAGAUAUUCAAUAUAUUUUACACACACACACGUAUUGAUGUGUUUCUGGGGCAAACUGACCUCUGACCUGGUUUGUUGUUUUUACUGCAGCUGGACUCUGAUGUCUGGCGGAGACGACAUGUGACUCGAAACACACUCGCCCUAGUUAUCCUAGUCUGAGUGAGAAAUAAAACAGACUUCAGUGUUUCUGCAGCCUUCAGCAAAUUUAACAUUUGUCAGACGUCAGGUAAAAGAAGGACGAACCAUCAGACCUAUAAUUAUACAACAAGUACAUUGAUUUAUUCACAUUUGUAUCCCGUCUCCUACAGUAUUUCUGAGCUUUACAGUAUCAAUGUGAUUAAAGGAAAAUGUGAAGCAUUUUUUUAAUUUUAAAUGGAAAAAUAAUGACAUUUGUGUUUUUGCUUUUAUUAAAUAUUAAUUUCAAGUCUUGGUCAAAUAUACAUUUGAAAUGUGUAAAAACAAGUUUGUUGGUCAAUUAAUACAAAAUAAAUUUGCAUGUGUGCUCA